CACCACAUCUAGUGAUGUGGAGUAUGUUUUUGCUGUGGGUGGGGCUUGUGCACUUUGCCAUCGCUCACACCGACUCCCUUACCUGGCUUAACUACCUGCGCGGUCGAGCCUACAGCUACAGCCCAAACCAUGGCAACUACUACGCAUCCCUUCACACACAAGAUGACUCUGAAGCACUAGACUGCCCCCUGGAAUGCGAAUGCCCUCCUGCCUACCCUAACGCCAUGUACUGCAACAACCGCAACCUCCAGCAUGUGCCCUUUGUGCCCUCACGCAUGAAGUACGUGUACCUCCAAAACAACCGGAUCACCGGAAUCACUGAUGGGGUUUUUGACAAUGCCACUGAGCUUGUCUGGAUCAUCCUGCAUAUGAACCAGCUGAGAUCUGACAAAAUCAGCAGCAAGGUCUUUGCCAAGCUGUCCAAACUGGAGCGCCUGUUCUUGCAGCACAACAAACUUGAGCACAUCCCAGAAGGACUACCUCAUGGCAUUCAGGACCUGCACUUGGACCACAAUGCCAUCACUUCCGUGCCUCCUGGGUUCUUGCGUGGAAUGAACGAUCUAAAAGCUUUGCAUUUCCAUUAUAAUGCCAUUCAGGAGCUCGGCGACGCUGUAGAGUCACUGGCCUCACUCAGCUUUCUGGAUUUACGUGGGAAUCAGUUAUCAGAGAUUCCCAAGAACCUUCCACCCAAGCUGAGUCAGCUGUACCUCGACCACAACCACAUCUCUUCUGUCCCCGUGGACUUCGUGAAGAAGCGGCCUGAGCUGCGCUUUAUGCGCCUCUCACACAAUCGGCUCACAGACGCUGGAAUCCCACCCAAUACUUUUAAUGUGAGCACGCUCAUGGAACUGGACCUGUCCUACAACAAGUUGGAAAAGAUUCCAACCGUCAGCACACGUCUGCAGGUCCUCUACCUUCAGGCCAAUUGCAUCAAAGAGUUCUCAGUCAGCAGUUUCUGUCGAGUUAUAAACAUGGCCAACUACUCAAACCUGCGUGUUCUGCGGCUGGAAGCGAACAAGAUCAACCCUCACGAUGUGCCCCCUGAGGCUCUGCUCUGCCUGCGCAAAGCCACAAGCAUCAACCUAUAGGCCUGAAAUGAGACACUAUGCUGACAUCAACACCUGAACAAUAUAACCAAACUAGUCAACAUUUUACUUUAAGACCAGAGCUAAAGUUAAAAGCUAAAGUAACCGCCAUACGUCAUUUUAAAUAAAGUUGAGUAAAAUAUACUCAUUGGAAUUUACUAGAACAGUCAUAUUUGAACAAACUUUAACACAUUUACUGGAUAGUCAUGUGAAAGUCCACACAGCGGGAUGAACUUUGAUAUACUCGGUUUCUUUUCUUGCUCAACACAUUUCUGCAUUCAAGGAAGUGAGACCUGUGUUACACUUUGGUGAUCAUGGGAUGAUAUGACGUAAUGCCGGUUUUACAAAAAGCACCAGCGAGUUGUACAGCAUUUAGUGCUCUGCUCAAAUAUUAACUUUGGCUCUUGAAUAAACAAUGAAACUUGAAUCAUUUUGUUCGCCAUCACGUCUUACAUUUCAUUGUGCAAUCCCUUUGUCUUUCGUCUCAAAAUAGAACAGAAUCAACUCAAAACAAUGCAACUUUGUGAGGUAAAGGGAUUAUGGGUCUUGCUUCAGCUUUCUCGAGUUGAUGUAAUACAGAUUCAGUUAAAUGACCGUUCAUCUAAAUAAUGUGUGCAUCGAUCUUGCCAACAUUUAUUUACUUUUUUUUUCCUCUUCCAAAAAACACAAACACAUGGGCAGUUUCCAAAUGAACCUGUUGAGAAACACUUGUACUCGCAUCAUUCAUCAAUCAAGAAACUCAAAUCUCAA